AUGCUUCGCUCGCUCGUCGCUUCCACCUCGGCCGCCAGGCUCGGCGGCUCGUCGGCCACCGCCACCGCCACCAAGGCCAUGGGCGGCCGCGUCGCUACCUUUGCCACCUCGGCCACCGCACGACAGGCCACCCCCGCACCCGCACCCCCCAAGAUGGUCAAGCUCACCAUCAACGGCAAGGAGAUCGAGGUCGAGCAGGGCACCGCGCUGAUCCAGGCCUGUGAAAAGGCCGGCGCCCAGGUGCCCCGGUUCUGCUACCACGAGCGCCUGAUGGUGGCGGGCAACUGCCGCAUGUGCCUGGUGGAGAGCAAGGGUGCGCCCAAGCCGCUCGCCUCGUGUGCCUUUCCCGCCCUCCCCGGGCAGCAGAUCUUCACCGACACGCCGCUCGUCGCCAAGGCGCGCGAGAACGUCAUGGAGUUCCUGCUGGCCAACCACCCGCUCGACUGCCCCAUCUGCGACUGGGGUGGCGAGUGCGACCUGCAGGACCAGUCGAUGCGCUACGGCUCCGACCGUUCCCGCUUCCACGAGAUCAAGGGCAAGCGCGCCGUCGAGGACAAGAACCUCGGCCCGCUUGUCAAGACUGUCAUGACCCGCUGCAUCCAGUGCACCCGCUGCGUCCGCUACGCCAACGACAUCGCCGGCGUCCAGGACAUGGGCACCACGGGGCGCGGCAACGACCUCCAGAUCGGCAUGUAUGUCGAAAAGGUCAUGAACUCGGAGAUGUCGGGCAACAUCAUCGACCUGUGCCCUGUCGGCGCCCUGACGUCGAAGCCGUACGCCUUCCACGCGCGGCCCUGGGAGCUCAAGAAGACUGAGUCGGUCGACGUCCUCGACGCCGUCGGAUCCAACAUCCGCGUCGACUCGCGCGGCGUCCAGGUGAUGCGCAUCCUGCCCCGCACCAACGACGACGUCAACGAGGAGUGGAUCAACGACAAGACGCGCUUCGCCGCCGACGGCCUCAAGUACCAGCGCCUCACCACGCCCCUCAUCAAGCAGGGCGACCGCUUCGUGCCGGCCUCGUGGCCCGAGGCGCUCGCCACCAUUGCCGAGGGCCUCCAGCAGACGGGCGCCAAGGGUGACGAGAUCAAGGCCGUCGCCGGCGCCCUCGCCGACGCCGAGUCGAUGACGCUGCUCAAGGACCUCGUCAACCGCCUGGGCUCCGACAACCUCGCCACCGACCAGGUCAACGGCGACCAGCCGCCCAUCCACGGCGCCGACUUCCGCUCCAGCUACACGUUUGCCUCGACCAUCCCCGGCAUCGAGGAGGCCGACGCGCUGCUCCUCGUCGGCACCAACCCGCGCCACGAGGCGGCCAUCGUCAACACGCGCAUCCGCAAGGCCUACCUCCACAACGAGCUCGACGUCGGCCUGGUCGGCGAGGCCGUCGACCUCACCUACGACUACGACCACGUCGGCACCGACGCCAAGGCCAUCCAGGACAUUGCCGCCGGCAAGGGCGAGUUUGGCAAGAAGUUCAAGGAGGCCAAGCGGCCCAUGAUUGUCGUCGGCUCGGCCGUCAUGGAGCACGCCGACGGCAAGGCCAUCGUGGGCCAGCUGGCCGAGCUGGUCCAGGCCAACAAGGACCGCCUGCUCAACGGCGACUGGAACGGCUACAACGUCCUGCAGCGCCAGGCGUCGCGCACCGCCGCCCUCGACAUUGGCUUCGUCCCCUCGCCCGCCGCCGCCAAGACGACGCCCAAGUUCAUCUACCUGCUCAACGCCGACGACAUCUCGCCCGAGUCGAUCCCGCGCGACGCCUUUGUCGUCUACCAGGGCCACCACGGCGACGUGGGCGCCCAGUACGCCGACGUCUGCCUGCCCGGCGCCGCCUACACGGAAAAGGCGACGACGUUUGUCAACACCGAGGGCCGCACCCAGGUGACGCGCGCCGCCGUGCCGCCGCCGGGCGCGUCGCGCGAGGACUGGAAGAUUAUCCGCGCCCUGUCCGAGGUCAUGGGCGCGCCGCUCCCCUACGACGACCUGCUCGACGUGCGCGACCGCAUGUUUGAGGUGUCGCCCACGCUGGUCCGCUACGACGUGGCCGAGCCAGCAACGGCGUCGGCGCCCCUCGCCGUCGAGAGCCUGGCGCAGCUGGCAAAGUCGCCCGUGUCGGGCACACCACUGCUGCGGCCCAUCCAGAACUUCUACCAGACCGACCCCGUUUCGCGGGCAUCGCCGACGAUGGCCAAGUGCGUGGCGGCCUUUGUCGAGCAGCUGCCCAUGGACAAGGUCGAGGGCAAGGCGUCGCUCGCCUCGUUCAACUGA